CCUUCAUCUCCAAACACAGCGUUCAUCACAGCAACCUCAGCCAAGAUGACGAAGAGAACCAAGAAGGUCGGUGUUACCGGCAAGUACGGAACAAGAUACGGUGCCUCUCUCCGAAAGCAAGUCAAGAAGAUGGAAAUCACCCAACACGCCAAAUACGUCUGCACCUUCUGCGGAAAGACCACUGUCAAGAGACACUCAGUCGGUAUCUGGAACUGCAAGUCGUGCAACAAGACUGUUGCUGGAGGAGCAUACACUGUGUCAAUUACCCCACAUAGAAACCGAAAGCUGACCAAUUUACUGCAGAACACCUGCCGCCGCUGCCAUGCGAUCGACGCUUCGACGAUUGAGGGAAAUUGCUGAGGUUUAGAGGACUGGGCUGGAUUUGUUUCGGUUGGCAUUUGCUGGUGUCUGGGAUCGGCCUCUCACACGGGCCACGAGCAUCGACGUCGCUUUUCGACGAGGACUGAAUAAAAGAAUUCAUGAAACCAUCGCCCGUCCGUUCCUACAUGCCUACGUCGCGAUCUUUCGAUUCGCGGAAUACAAAUGUGAUAUGCGAAUGGUGGUCUGUGGAUGUGUCGUACAUGGGACAUUAUAGGCUACCUAAUUGAGAAUGUUAUAGGCAACAACGACGAGCGUCUA